UAGUAGGGGACCUGCGGGCAGGGGCUUCCUCCCGACGCGUGUGCCGGCUCUUUUCCCUCCGUCGAUUCGGAGGACCCGGGGCGACCUCGGCCUCCAGCGUCUCCGGUGAACUGACGCGGGAGUGGCGGCCGGGAUGGUGGUGCUGGGCUUAUUGCAAGCGGGCAGGUCGGUGCUGGGGCAGGCUAUGGAGCAAGUAACAGGCGGCAACCUCCUAUCCAUGCUACUCAUUACUUGCGCCUUCACGCUCAGCCUGGUCUACCUGCUCCGCCUCGCCGUCGGCCACCUGGCCCCGCUGCCGGCUGGGGCGAAAAGUCCACCAUACAUUUUCUCUCCAGUUCCAUUCCUUGGACAUGCUAUAGCAUUUGGGAAAAGUCCAGUUGAAUUCCUAGAAAAUGCAUAUGAGAAGUAUGGACCUGUAUUUAGUUUUACCAUGGUGGGCAAGACGUUUACCUACCUUCUGGGGAGUGAUGCUGCUGCACUGCUUUUUAAUAGUAAAAAUGAAGACUUGAAUGCAGAAGAUGUCUACAGUCGUCUGACAACACCUGUGUUUGGGAAGGGAGUUGCCUAUGAUGUGCCUAAUCCAGUUUUCUUGGAGCAGAAGAAAAUGUUAAAAAGUGGUCUUAACAUAGCCCACUUCAGACAGCAUGUUUCUAUAAUUGAAAAAGAAACAAAGGAGUACUUUCAAAGUUGGGGAGAAAGUGGAGAAAAAAAUUUGUUUGAAGCUCUUUCUGAGCUCAUAAUUUUAACAGCUAGCCAUUGUUUACAUGGAAAGGAAAUCAGAAGUCAACUCAAUGAAAAGGUGGCACAACUGUAUGCAGAUUUGGAUGGAGGUUUUAGCCACGCAGCCUGGCUCUUGCCAGGCUGGCUCCCUUUGCCUAGUUUCAGACGCAGGGACAGAGCUCAUCGAGAGAUCAAGAAUAUUUUCUAUAAGGCAAUCCAGAAACGCAGAGAAUCAGGAGAAAAAAUUGAUGACAUUCUCCAAACUUUACUAGAUUCUACUUACAAGGAUGGGCAUCCUUUGACAGAUGAUGAAGUAGCAGGCAUGCUUAUUGGACUGCUCUUGGCGGGGCAGCAUACAUCCUCAACUACCAGCGCCUGGUUGGGCUUCUUUUUGGCCAGAGACAAAACACUUCAAGAAAAAUGUUACUUAGAACAGAAAACAGUCUGUGGAGAGAAUCUGCCUCCCUUAACUUAUGACCAGCUCAAGGACCUAAAUUUUCUUGAUCGCUGCAUUAAAGAAACAUUAAGACUUCGACCUCCUAUAAUGACCAUGAUGAGAAUGGCCAAAACUCCUCAGACUGUGGCAGGGUAUACCAUUCCUCCAGGACAUCAGGUGUGUGUUUCUCCCACUGUCAAUCAAAGACUUAAAGACUCAUGGGUAGAACGUCUGGACUUUAAUCCUGAUCGCUACUUACAGGACAAUCCAGCAUCAGGAGAGAAGUUUGCUUAUGUGCCAUUUGGAGCUGGGACAUUCCUGCAAACAUCUGUAGGAGUGUAAUCUUUGCAGGUUGGAAAAAAUAUUUCAUUUGUACUAAAGGAAAUAGUUCUGUGAAUCCUUAUAAUGUUCUAUUACCUUCUAACCUAUCUAGUUUUAUCAGUUCUAAUCUUUAUAGUCCACCCUGUUUUCCCUUAUCAUAGUAUUUAAAGCUCUUUGUGAAUUCUGUUUUAAAGAACCAUUGGAGUUAGCACACCAUUUGGGCAAUUAUUUCAGGCUAAAUAUGAUGAGACAAUCAGCAUUUCAGAAAAGACCAAUGGCACAGAAGCUUUUCUGGAUUGUUAGUGAACUUUUUGGUUCUCUGCCUAUAUAUCCUGAUGAUAAGAUGGUCUUUAAAUUUGGGCAGGUUGUGCAUAGGUAUGCAAACCUCUGCAUUUCAAUUAAGAUCCUAAAAUAACACAGGCAGACUCUCAUUCCUCCAAUAAUUUCUCCAUUCACUGGUACUUUGUACAGAUUAAACUAUAUUCUAUGAAUUAUUUGUUUUUCCAAAGAAAUCAUUUAAGUGACAUGACAUUUUUGUCAUUGGUCACACCUUUUCCAUACAUAAACGAAAGUAUAAAGUCCUUUGGGAACUUCAGAUCUUAAUAACUAUUUAGUAAAGAAAUUCAAUAACGGUAUAUGAUAUGAAUAUCAAUAAAAGAGUCAUAGAUCGUUCAAGUAGUUGGAAGGGGCAUUAGUUCUCCAGCCCCAGUUCUGCCCCAUUUCUAAACUGACAAUUAUCGGGCUUUUAUCUGGGGUUAGUGCAGACCCCAUUGGUUAACAGCUCAGUCCCACAAGACUGUCCCUCACCACUUUAGAUGCCAAUUACAAGUCCAGGUUGUCACCUGUUUUUCUGACCAACGGGCUAUAAAUUCGAGGUUCUCUAGAUCCCCUCCUUGGGGUUCCAUAAUUUGUUAGAAUGGCUCACACAACUUAGAAAAGUUUAUUUACUAGACUACUGGUUUACUAUAAAAGUAUACAACUCAGGAAUAGCGUGAUUGAAGAGAAGCAUAGAGCAAAGUAGAAGGAAGGGGUACACAGCUGCCAAGCCCUCUGUGGGUAUGCCACCCUCCCAGCACCUCCACGUUUACUAUCCUCGAAGCUCUCUGAACACUGUCCCCUGUCCUGUCCCUUCCCUGUACUUCUGUAGGGAUUUUGUGGAGGCUUCAUUACAUAGGCACGAUUGAUUAAAUCACUGGUCAUUGGUGAUUAAUUCAACCUCCAGACCCUCUCUCUCCUGGAAGCUGGUGGGUAUUGCUGAAAGUUCCAACCCUCUAAUCACGUGGUUUGUUCCCCUGGCAGUCACUCAUUAGCAAACUCAACUGUGGUUGAAAGGGGCUUGUUAUGAAUAACAAAAGGCUCUUUUCCUCUUUGACCUUUACUGCUCUUUUCACUUAAGAAAUUCCACAGGUUUGAGGAGCUCUGUGCCAAGAUGGAAGACUAAAUACGUAUUUCUUAUUGCAAACCACAUUAUCACAGUUGCCAUACCUUAGUAUUGAAGUCAGAUUUGAAGUCAGUUUAAGUCCUCCAACUUGGUUAUCUCGUUAAGGAUCGCUUUGGAUAUCCUAGUCCUUUGCAUUUCUGUAUGCAUUUUAUAAUCAGCUUGUCAGUUUUUACAUGUAUAUGACCUUUUAAGUUUUGAUGUGUUGCUAUUUUUGGUUUAUUAAAUUUAUUUUUCUUCCAUUAUCAUUUGUAAUGGCAUUUAUAGUUUUGAUUGGAAGGUUCAUAUUAACUUUUGACUAUGGCUCUCUUGGGACAGAAGUUAAGAAUAUUCUAGUAUAUUUCCAAAUUAGAUUAUCAUCAUAUGUUUCAAACCUUACUUAUUUUUAACCUAGAUAGAUGUUAGGUUUCAAAAAAAUUGGAAAAAUGAUUGUAUAAUUACCCAUGUGCUGUUUCCCCUAGUAACAGACAUUAAAAAUCUCUUGGGAUUUUUAUUAGUUAUUUACAUUCUUGUGAAAAGAAUAUGUCAUCUUUUUACUAUAAUAUCUGUAUGUCUGCUAUUCACCUUAACUGUAGAUAAACAAAUUUUAUCA